ACUUGCAUAUGAAGGAAGUGAAGGAACUAUGUUGCAAUUAGAAUCGGACGUGGAAAUAUUCUACAUAUUUCUUCUUCUUUCAAAGCCUUUUGAAUAGAUUGAACGUUUAAGAGAGACGCAGAAUGCUUGAGACUUGUGUUUCUCUGAUGAGGACUCUUAGGUGCAAAGCAAACCCAAAACAAGUUCAUGAUCCAAAGACAAGUAGUAGGAGUAAUCAGAAACCACACUCAGGUUCAGGUACACUUGAGCAGCACUCAAAUAUCGAAGCUUUCAUCCAAGAAAGCAAGAGGAACUUAAGAAAAUCAUCAAGUUUCAAUCCCAAAAACCAUGAAACUGUUCUUGAUGGCUCAAACAGUGACACUUGUCGAUGUUGUACUCCUUGUCCUCAAAGCAACAGUGGCAGCAUCAAAGAUUCAGAAGGUUCUUCUCAUAGAACAAGAAGGACAGCACCAACAACUACAAGUAUGUUGGAUCAGACAGAUUCUUCUGAUGUUGUUUCAAUGUUGAUAUGUCAGAAAUGUGGUGAGAAACUGAAAAAUCUUGAUGCUGUUGAACCACACCAUAUCUCCAACCAUUCAGUCACUGAACUUCAAGAAGACUCAUCUAGGCAGAUUAUAGAAACAAUAUGUGGAACAAGUUCAGUUAAUUCUGAAAACAUUUUGGGGCAGAUUGAUUCCAUCUUAAAAGUCCAGAACAUGCCAAAGACACUUGCUUGCUUUGAGGAAUACAGGGAAAAGGUGAAGAUUAAGGCUGAAAAGCUACAAAAGAAUCACCCUCGUUGCUUAGUUGAUGGAAAUGAACUUUUAAGGUUCCAUGGAACAAACAUUGCAUGUUCUCUAGGCACAAACAGUUCUUAUAGCCUCUGCACGUUAGACCAUUGUGGUGCAUGUCAAAUUCUGAGGCAUGGCUUCUCCACCAACAAGGAAUUCCAAUGUGCAUUAGGGGUUUACACCACUUCCACAAGUGCAAAAGCAUUUGAUUCCAUUGUGCUAUCUAAUGAGAGACAAUUUGAAAGAAAGACAGUUAUUGUGUGCAGAGUGAUAGCUGGGAUAGUUUAUUCUCCUCAUACUCAAGAAAAGGUUGAUCAUUCAGAGUUUGAUUCAUUGGCAGAAAAAAUAAGUAAUCAUUCAGAUUUUGAGGAACUCUAUGUAUUGAGUCCCAGAGCUUUGCUUCCUUGCUUUGUGGUAAUCUACAAGCCACAAACAGUGGAAAUUAAAAGGCUCAACUCAAGCUUAAGGAUAAGUAGCUAGCUUCUAUAACAUGAAGGUUGUCAUGUUGAGUUUGUCAUUCUUCUCAAAUAUUAUAGAGCUUGAUAGUGAUUUAUAGAUAAAA